GGAUUCCUGUCCAUAGCAAGAUCUCGAAAUACUCACGUGAAAGAUAUGGCUGCAGCGCCUACGAGCCCCGUUGCGGCGACUACGCAGAAGGCAGGGUCGCGCUCUCUGCCGGGUUACAGUGACUUGCAACCGCCGGAGAAGAGACCGAGGCUGGAUUCGGAAGAUGUCGCGAUGGAUGGUGGCCGCGAACUCGAGGUGGACCCUGUAGACUCGAAGGGUCUCCCGGCUACUGUGACAGGUGGCCUGGUGGAGAAGAACGACGCGGUUGCGCGGAAACGUACGGCGAACCAGCGCCGGAAGUUGGAAAAGGCUCGCCGCAAGCUGCCCGAACCGGGGACUGCUGAGGAUGCCAACUGGCUGGAAGUCGUUGAUCUAUUGGGAAAGGAGGCGGUCGAUGAAGCCUUCGUUCAGAAGAGGGAGUGGGAUCAGAUAUAUGAUACACCGGCGGAAGUCGAAGUCGUCAUUGAGGCGCUUUCCUCUAGUGGUCACGGACUUGCGCGUGCGCCUGGAAAACCGCCUUGGGCCAUCAUCGUGCCAUUCUGCCUUCCUGGGGAAACCGUGCGGGCCAAGGUGUACAAGAACCAAAGGCUGCACUCUUUGGCCGAGCUGAUUGAAAUAGUAAUUCCAAACCCUGGGCUCCGCGAUGACAGUCGAAUCCAAUGUAGAUACUUCGGAAAAUGCGGAGGCUGCCAGUAUCAGAUGCUAUCGUAUGAGAAGCAGCUGGAGUUUAAGCGAGAUGUAGUGGUAAAAGCGUACAAGAACUAUUCCGAACUCCCUCCUUCUGUGUUACCAGAAAUCGGGGCAACGUUCGCCUCCCCCAAGCAGUAUGGAUAUCGGACGAAAUUGACCCCGCACUUCGAGUGUGCUCCCAAGGAAGCGUGGCGGAACAGCGGAUUCCUGAAAUCAGGCGGCUUUGCUCCGAACGAGAAGCCUGACUGGUUGCAUAUCGGCUUCAAUGAAGCAGGAUCGUCGAGGGUGAUGGAUAUCGAGGAGUGUCCGAUAGGUACUCCGGCCAUCAACGAAGCGUAUGGCCAAAUACGAAGCAAGGUCAUACAGAACAUAUGGUCGUAUUCGAAAGGCGUCUCCCUGCUCUUCCGCGAAUCGCUUCCAGUAUCGUCAACAACGGCUUCUCUAGACAUCCGCGCCUCCCGGUCGCCAUCCCCGGAGCCGCAGAGCGAAAACGUCCACGUGGUGACGGACAACAAAGCUAUCGUGCGCGAGCGCGUUGGCUCCAAGCUCUUCAAUUACAUGGCGAACGAGUUCUUCCAGAACAACAAUUCCAUCCUCGAAGGGCUGACGUCCUACGUGCGCUCUGCCAUCCUAGCGCCCUCCGCGUUCGAUCCCUCCCUACGCCCGACUCAUCUCGUCGACGCCUACUGCGGCGCGGGCCUCUUCGCGAUCACCCUCGCGGACGAGUUCGAGCACGUCGCCGGCAUCGAAAUCUCGCAGCACUCGAUCAGAUACGCUCUCCACAAUCGCGCGCUGAACCGGAUCCAGGCAAGCAAGGUCGAGUUCGUCUCGGACGACGCGGUGCGGAUCUUCAGCUGCGUGAAGGCCUUUCCCCGCGAACGCACGGCGGUGGUGAUCGACCCGCCGCGGAAGGGGUGCAGCACAGACUUCGUCGAUCAGCUCGUCGGAUUCUUGCCUGCGACGAUCGCGUAUGUGAGCUGCAACGUGCAUACCCAGGCUCGCGACGUGGGGAUGAUACUCCGAGAAACCGAGAAGCGUGCGGAGGGGAAGCGGUAUGUGAUUGAGAGUCUGAGGGGAUUCGAUUUGUUCCCUCAAACGGCUCAUGUCGAGGGUGUUGCGAUACUUCGAUUAGUAGAUGCCCCGGCACCGUGAUAUUCAACCACGACCCUCUAGCUCACGUAUGUGGCACACUGCUCAGUAUAUCCAAC